UUAAAAAUAACAUCCUAGAGUGUCCUUGUAUCAGGAGCUAGUUGCAGUCUCACUGAACUCAUCUGCCCAAGCAAAAGCUCGCCGGGAACUCAGCCGGAGUUAGUCAUCGUCCGUCAGAAACGGUUUUGACGCAGAGACUAGCAUCAAUCUGAAUGGGUUAUAUCAGACUCUGAAUCAGAUUCAAUCACUCUUCUUUAUUCGCACUCUCUCACCAUCAAUUUCAAUUUCUCUCCAUUUCUCUUAUCAUCUCGAUAGAUUUUCUUCUACUGUGAGAAAUGGACAAGGUUGUGGAAGAGGUGGAAAAAGUGAAGAAGGAGUGGAAUGAAGCUUACAGCAAAACACAAGAUCAAAUUAAGGCAAUUGGAGAGUAUGGUAAAUCAGGAAGAUCCAAAGAGGAUGAAAAUAAUUCGCUUUCUAGAUUGAAUGGUAUUGCUCAGGAUGGUUUAGCGCUUCUUUCUUCUCUGCAUUUCAACCUUGAUCUUCACGCUCCACAGUUGCCUACUCAACAAGAGGUUGAUUCCGCUACUGAAUUGCUUCAAUCAUGGAAAACCCUAACUCAAAAUUUGCGGAUGAGUUUGAGGAAUGCUAAUCUACAAGCCAAGGCUAACUUAAGGAAAGCCGCUCAGGAGGAGAGAGAACUACUUCUAGGCGGUGGAGAAGAGUCCACAGUCCGCAGACGCAAUUUGCAGACAAAAGCUGGAAUGACCUCUGCAGCAGAGAGCAUCACAGAAAGCCUACGUCGUACUCGUCAAUUGAUGGUUCAGGAAGUUGAAAGAAACACAAGCACACUUAUGACUCUUGAUGAAUCAACAGGAGUGUUAACAAAGGCUGAAAGUGAAUAUAAAGGGCACCGCUCAUUAUUGACGAGAACUAGAAAUCUUCUAUCAACAAUGCAACGUCAAGAUAUCAUAGACAGGGUGAUACUUGGGGUUGGUUUUCUAUUGUUCUCCCUUGCCGUUCUUUAUGUUGUUUCCAAGCGAAUUGGAAUACUUACCUUGCAGAGAAAGGUUACCGGGGCCAUAAAGGCUGGUAUGAUGGGACAGGCAGAGCUAAGACCACAAGCUGUUGCAGAGGACAUAAAUCUUCAUCAAGUUAGAGUUGACCAUGUUCAUAAUAUGCAGGCUCCUUUAGAACAACUAAUACAUGAUGAACUUUGAUACACAGGCUCCUAUAUAUAUACAUAUAUAAGAUAUAAAAUUACAUGGUUUAUAAUUGUUUUCUCUUAUAUUUAAUACAAAAAAUUCAUAUUGAACCUUUAACACAUUUUAUGUGUAUAAGUAGAAUUCUAAACUAAAAAAAAAGUCACAUGAAUAGUAUAGGCUUUUCUGGUGAGAGGAGCCCCUCUUAAUGUUACUCUCAUAUUUGAGAUAUUCAUAGUUUCUGGGUUGGUCAACUUGACUAAGUUAUGGUCUCAAACUCUCAAUUUUCCAUGUUGCGGGAUAAAGUGUAUUGCACCUUCGACAGUCUUUCCUUGUUCCUGUGUA